UUCCUAAGGACAAUCCUCAGUGGUAACAUCACCAUCGACAACAACAAAAUGAGUCUACAAGAGGUAAUACUAUGAUUGAUGGGAACAUGUCCAGCAACGGUUUCCGCUGGUGGGAAGCAACCUAAGGGGCCAAAAUGUAACAAACUCGCCCAACUUUCCUGAAGGAAUCAGGCCCAAGCUCAGUGUGCUUCUCCAACCCACCAAGGGACACCAUCCAACAGUGAGAGUCCUUCUGUGCAUAACCAGCAUCCUGUCCUGCCAUGGCAUACACUCCUGAUUCAUUCCAGAACGACAUCAUUUACCCGACUCACUCUCGGGGCUCCAGCAGUGACAUCAGCACUGCCAAUCGCCUCCUGCUGAGCAGGCAGAACCGGUUCAUGAAUGGGAACCUUCGGGACUACCGCACCUCGUCCCCCAUGGGAAGAGUUAUCCUCAUCAAUACACCCCUUGAAGCUAACAGUGAUGAGAGUGAUGCCAUCAAUGCCAUUACGGUGGAAAAAAGCACAGAUGGGAAGCUGGGCUUCAGUGUCCGCGGAGGCUCGGAGCAUGGCCUGGGUAUCUUCGUCAGCAAGGUGGAGGAGGGCAGUAGUGCAGAACAGGCUGGGCUGUGUGUUGGAGAUAAAAUCACAGAGGUGAAUAGUGUGAGCUUGGAGAACAUUACAAUGGGAAGCGCAGUCAAAGUCCUGACGGGGAACAACCGGCUGCGGAUGGUCGUGAGACGCAUGGGCAAAGUGCCAGGGAUAAAGUUCUCCAAAGAAAAGACCACAUGGGUUGAUGUGGUGAACAAGCGCCUGAUUGUGGAGAGGAGUGGCUCAACGCCAUCAGACACAAGCUCUGAGAUUGGAAGGCGGCGGAUUAUACACCUGUAUACCACCUCUGAUGACUACUGCUUGGGUUUCAACAUCCGUGGGGGGAAAGAGUAUGGCCUUGGUAUCUACGUCUCCAAAGUGGAUCCCGGCGGGCUUGCUGAGCUUCAUGGGGUCAAGGUCGGCGACCAAGUCCUUGCAGCCAACGGAGUCAAGUUUGACGACAUCAGCCAUAGCAAGGCAGUGGAAGUGCUAAAGGGGCAGACCCACAUCAUGCUGACCAUCAAGGAGACGGGGAGGUUCCCUGCAUACAAGGAAAUGGUGGCUGAGUAUUGCUGGCUCAACAGAUUGACCAAUGGCCGGUUGCAGGAGCUGUCCCAGACCUCGGAAUCCAGCUCCUCUGCAUCAUCUUACUCCUCAGGGACCCCCUUCAGCUCCAUGAAUGGCCUAUUCAUGGCCCCGAUCCCCAGCUCAGUAGCACAGAGUUGCAUGGUGGAUGUUGGCAUCUCUGCUGAACUGCCAGUCCAGAGACACUCCUUGGAGAGAGCAGAGACCGCCAUGCAGACUGAUCCGCUGUCGGACGGCGCCUCCUAUUCGGGGAGCCUGGUGAUGGAGACCCGACGGGUUGUGGAGCCCAUGAAGAUCCUGAAAGACACCGCCAUCCGCACCGAGAGCCUCAAAGAGUCCUUCCGCUUGAAGAAGCACCGGCCCUUUGCCAGCAGAGAGACAACAGACCCCUCCCCUAAAACUGCCCUCCUUCUGGCACUCAGCCGUCCACGACAGCCCAUCAAGAGAUCGCAGAGCUAUCUGACCAUUUGUGAGGAGAAACGCCAGAGGAAGAAAGAUAAGCCGGUCUCCUCAGAGAAGAAGGCCACGCUCCAGCGCUCCAAAACCCUCAUGAACCUGUUCUUUAAAACCACCCGGACAGGGAAGCCAAGCUCGGCAGCUGGGUCACCAGAGACACAGAGGCGGUCCAAAUCGCCAGCGCGGUCUGAUGGCGAGAAAGAAAAAGGCCGCUUUUUCCCCUCCUUGGGCUCCUCUCCCCAAUACAAUGGCACGGAGCGCAGCAAAGUCACCGAGAGCCACCUGCUGCUCAUUGAAGACAUGGCCAGGAAGCUGCUGAUGGAGGAUGAAGUGGCAGCUGUGCUGAGACACUGCACUCGGUACAUCCAAGAAAGUGGGGUGGAAGAUCUGGUGAGGCCACUCCUGGCGAUUCUCGACAGGCCUGAAAAGUUGCUUCUCCUCAGAGAUAUCAGGAGUGUGAUCACCCCCACGGAUCUGGGCCGUUUUGACAGUAUGGUUGUGCCGGUGGAGCUUGAAGCCUACGAUGCCCUGAAGAGCAGAACAGUGAGGUCACCUGCUCUCCGCCCAGCACAGCAAGAAACACCUCCCAAGAGACAUCUCAUCACCCCAGUGCCUGAUUUCCGGGGCAGCUUCCUCCUGAAGCCAGUGACCAACGAGAAGGGAGAGGAGGCUGAGGAAGCAGCAGCAGCACUGAAAGAUAGGAUGAAAGGCCUGCAGCUCUCGUCCAGCCCUAGACGGACUCACCCCCGAGGCUAUACCCCUCUUCCCGACGUGCCAGUGGAUGCCUACGCCUCCCACAGCAGCUCCGCCUCAACUGCUGGUGGCGGUGGGCAGCCCCACUGGUUCCUAAGCAAGCCCGCAAAAAUGUCAGCGAGCCCCAUGCGAGCAGCACCCCCUCGGGAAGAGGCAGGGCAACCCCAAGAGCAAGGGGACGGGCGGCCUGGCCGAGGGAGGCCUCGUACGCCCAAGUCAAGCCAUGGCAAAGCCACAGUCUGGGGGCCACAUGGGGAAGUCCAGCCUGCCAAGGAUACCCUAUACUCUGCGGUCAACAGGCCCCGAAGAGGUAGGCCCCAGCUGAAGCAGCUCUUCAAGGACGCCCCAGCCGCUGACCAAGAGGGCCUGCUCCAAAAUGGCCCCAGUGAUGCCCUGGAGGAGGAAUAUGAGCUGCUGACGGUCAACCUGUCCAAGAGCAAACAGUCUCUGGGGAUCAGUAUUUCCGGUGGGAUAGAGUCCAAAUUGCAGCCAAUGGUGAAGAUUGAAAAGAUUUUUCCGGGGGGAGCGGCAUCCCUGAGCGGAGAGCUGGAGGCGGGCCAAGAGCUGAUUGCAGUGGAAGGGGAGAGUUUGCAGAACGUGACCCACCAGCGAGCUGUGGACAUCAUCCGCCAGGCCUAUCGCAACAAAGCCAAGGAGCCCAUGGAGAUUGUGGUGAAGGUGCCGAAGAGAGCCAGGUAA